AUGGAAGUGAACCUCUUACCUGUGGUAGAUGCACUCGCUGUGGAGUACAACGCACAGCAUGGUGUCACGCCUCGCGACCCCAAGCAGCUGAAGAAAUGUUGGGGAAACAUGAAGCAGAAAUGCAAAAAGGAGAAUUCAGAAGAAAAAAGAAAAAUUCACAAGACGGCAUUUUUAUUCAAUGUGCAUUGUGUACGGGCCCACUCAAAGCACUUCAUAAAUGUACUUCAUAGAAUGUUACAACUGUUGCGCAUUUCUUUAGGAGGAGGACCUGCUGCAGCAGGCAUGACACCGCUGUCGGCUUUGGUUGGGGCUGUGGCAGGCCACAUGGCCACCAGAAUACCAAAUGAAGAAGACUCUCAUGGCGCAAUCUACCUCCCCCCAGUUGACAUUACAUUCAGUGAUGCAAAGUGUGCUGCAUGA